UUGAAACAAGGAGAAAUUCACCUCAAGCAUAUUCAGUCCGCCCAAUCCACGCCGAGAAAAAUCUACCAUAAGCUUGUGUUUUGCAGACUGUUUACAUGACUGGUCAAGCUGAGGUCAAGAUGACCCCUUGACCAAACCAAAACAAGAACGCUGGAAUACCCUUCUUCUAUUCUCUUGUUAUAUUUUUGUCUUCGCGCGUUCCGAGUUAAGAGUGCCAAUAUCUAUAACAUUUACCAUGGUGUGAUCUUAUGCAACAGCUCGGCAUGAAGAUCAUUUCAAUUAUUGGACUGACCGUUGUGAAUUAUCCAAUGCUUACUGACAUGGCUGUAACUGCCAGCUCAUAAAAAUAGUAACAGCGGUCGACGUCAUCAGAGCGGCGCUUUAUGCAGUAAUUGUGCAAGAAGGUCAUUGAGAGUUCACGCAUUGCAAACAUCUAUAAGCAUGGGCAGUAGUGAGUAGCCACAUCAGUCUAGCAGACGAGUUGUGUAUGAAACGGUCAUCGAGUGGUCAGUCUUAACAUUUUGUGGCCUAUUUGGCUUUAAUCAUAUCUAAUAGUGGAUUAUUUUUAGCUGUGUUUUAUACAACUUUUUCAUCAUGACGGACGUUGUUUUAGAUUUAAGUAAACCCUCCGUUGUGGCACCGAAACUAGAAACCCAGGAAACUGAACCCGUAACUGAGUUUGGAGGUAGCAGUGACUCAGGUCGGGCUUCUAUUGGUUCUGUGAAUUCGGAUAUACCGGACCCGAGAGAUGAUCGAAUGAGCGGCAGUGAUGAUGUUAAUUCCUCAUCUCCCAGUCAUCGAAACAUGCACGGCGCCUUUACCAGUGCAUCCCUCCCGUCCCCCGGGCAUUCUAGUGCCGAUGAAGAUGGACCAAGAGGCGAGCCGAACGGAGAUCGUGUCGCACCUAUCAGACCUUUCAAAAUGUAUCCAAUGGAUCCAUUUACUCUUUAUUCUAAUCCAGUAAUGGCUAACGCCGCUGCAGCAUCGGCGGCAAGUUUUCAUCCAGCAGGUUCUAUACCGGGGGCGGGUUUGGGUCAGAUGACGGCCUCCAUGGAUUCCCCUCUCGGUCUUACGCUAACUCCCUUAACCUCGCACUUUUUACAACGAAAAAGACGCCAAGAUGGCAAAGAAAUCGACGGUUUGGGUAAAAAAGCAAAACCAGUGCCAGUUGACAAAAAAGACGAUUCUUAUUGGGAGCGGAGGAGGAAAAACAACGACGCAGCAAAACGAUCAAGGGAUUCCCGCAGAAUGAAAGAAGAAGAAAUAGCUAUGAGGGCUGCAUUUUUAGAACAGGAAAAUCUCAAACUCCGAGCGCAAGUGGCAAUUCUGAAAAAUGAAACUACAAAGUUACACUAUAUGUUAUAUAACCGUUGUUGAAAGAACUCAUUGAGAGAGAAAAAAAACUUAAAUUGAACUAUAUGGAUCGGGAAUCCUAGUGAAUAACAAUAAAAUAACUCGAGUGAAUAUACCGGUUAUGACUUAUAUGUGUAUCGCCAUGAUUCAUUGUCAUUGAAGGACAUUGCCAGAGGAUGGGGUUAAUAUUGUUUGUUAACGAAUACCGUUCAUGUUGGUGAAUCAAAGACUGUCCCAAAAACGUCACGAAACAAUAAUUUGAUAUAACAGACAGGACAUUAUAACUGAUUAUUAACUGCAACAGAUAACUUAUUAAUUUACUAAAAUUGUUAUCUGUAGAUUUGAUGUAUCUUUUGGUGAUUUCUUCAUGGAAUCAACAUAGCAACUCAGGUGUUCUUGUAAAUAUAUUUUAUAUUCGUUUUUCGAUGAUCGAAAUCUCAAACCGGACGAAUUUUCUUCUUUUUUUCGACAAUGCGGAUAUUAUAUGACAACUUCAUUCAUCAAGUGCUAAACCAACAUCGGAGUGCCUAUGGUUCAUUUGUAUCGUCAUAAAUGCAGCCAUAAAAUUGCAUUUUGUGUGAUUGUUAAUUGUUUUCUUUAUGUUAUUAUUAUUUCAUUUUUUUUAUCAUUUCUUUUUUUAGAGAUACAAAUAAACGAAUCUCACUCAUGACGUGCUAUCUGUAGAGUUAAAGGUUUUGUGUAUAAGUAUAAUAGAAGUGCUAAUUAUAAUUUUAGGGUAUCUUGUUGUUAGCAGCCUAAUAAAUUUUCGGUAAAUUUUCUUUUCUAAUAACGUGGCUUUCCUCUUCAAGAUGAUAAGUCAAAUAUUUAAAUUCGAGGAGAUAAUUUAUUCGAAAUCAGUUUUGUUUAAAAAUAUGAU